ACCACUACCACCAACACCACCACCGAUCAUGCCAAGCACCACCACAGCAACAACCACCGCAGCAACCACGCCAGUGACGCCGCCAGUGACGCCAGUACAACACUCGACCACCACUCAGCUCCCCUCCAACAACGGAAUGUCUUCGGUGUCCGCUGGCGCCACAACCUCAAGUCUACAGCCGACCGGGCCCUCAGACAACAACACAACGACAGCUGACGUCAUCUCCGGGAACGUCUGGCCCCACAUCCUGUGCUACAAUGUGACCUGUGACUACGAGAACUGCCUGACCUAUGAGAUCGGGAAUGGAACCGCGGACACCUGUGUCAAAGACAGACAGUUUCCUUGUGUGAUCGAGAUCGCCUCCAGCCAGUCCCACAACUACAGCCUGACCGCCUCGUGUGCCCAGGGACCGUGUGAGAGCAGCUACGUCAUGGAGAACGGUGGCGGGAACAGCAGACAAGAAUGGUGCUGUAACACCGACCGCUGCAACACAGAAGGCCUGGACUCCGCGAGUUCUCUGCCCUUGUCUCACGUCCUCUUCGUCUCCUCUCUCCUGCUCACUCUGGCCUCACGGCUGGGACUGUGACCGUGAGCCAUAGAUUUGUGGUGUGAUACUAUCCUAGACUGUGCACUCUUAUGUCCUUCCGGUCCUAUAUGAAGUGAUGUGAGCCAUAGAUUUGUGGUGUGAUAAUACCCUAGACUGUACACUCUUAUGUACUUCCGGUCUACCAUGAAGUGGUGUGAGCCAUAGAUUUAUGGUGCGAUAAUACCCUAGACUGGGCACUCUUAUGUACUUCCGGUCCACCAUGAAGUGAUGUGAGCCAUAGAUUUGUGGUGUGAUAAUACCCUAGACUGGGCACUUUUCUGUACUUCCUGGCCUCCAUGAAGUGAUGUGAGCCAUAGAUUUAUGGUGUGAUAAUAUCCUAGAUUGUGCACUCUUAUGUAAUUCCGAUACACCAUGGGCGCGCCAUUUUAUUUUACAUGUAUUUGGAAACAAAUUUUUAAUUAUGAAGGAAAAGAAGGGAUAGGUUACACGAGUGCUCAGCUGUAGCGGAACGGGUCAUUUGAUCGUGAGGAGCAUCACUUCACCCUAUUUGGUACCAAAUGAGGGGCGAGGAGGGAAAGAUAACGCACUCACUCGACUAUACGAGGCUGGGAUUAAUAAGCGUCUAUAAAAAUAUGGUUGCUUGCACAGUAUUUAUGCUUCUUAGAAAGUUGAGGUUGUUUCAGAAUGCUCUCAGGUCUGCUGGG